AUUUCCAGGAGAGUGCAGGUCUGCUAAAUCUAGUCAUUCUAUAAAAUUUUGCCUGAAAACCUACCUGUUUGGCACUGUGAUUAAGUAAAAUUAAAAUGAUCAUGAUGUCAGCCAUAACUGCAACUUUUAUUUUCUUUUAAUGUCUUUCUUUUACCUUUCUAUUUAAAUGUUUUAUUGUGUUUUACUUUCUUUUACAUCUUUAAUACUGAUGUAUUUCUCUUUCUUUUAAUUGUAAAGCACUUUAAACGGAUUCAAAAAUCAAGUUAAAAGUUUAAUUCCUACUUGCGUAUUUUCCAGACACACGGUGGCAGCAGAGAGUCAAUACACAUCUGUAAUUGUAGCCAUGAAGAAAAACAGCUAUGUUGAUUGGCUGACAGGCCGGAAGUGUAUAAAACAACAAGAAAAACAGCCAUAAAUGUCAACGUUGCAUGUCAAGAUGUAAUUAUUUGGGGGAUUUAUUGUUUCUGUUUGGCGAAAUUCAGAGCGAUGUAAUUCCCUCAGUCGUUUUGUCUGUCUUUUACACUCGACGCCAUUUCGUCGAUUUAAAAAGAUGUCACGGAUUUUCACGUCCUUCAGAUUUGUGUUUCAUGAAUCCUGGCCGCUCGCGUUGAGGAAUGGAAGCUGUCCCAGUAGGUCUCCUCUUCUCAGAGCGCCCCCUGCUGGACUGACCUAUGUUUCUGCGGCCGGUAAAAAGGACUUGUUGGACCUUCCUGUCCUAAAUGAGGACGAGUUCGAGGAGCAGUUUGUGAGAGGAUCUGGACCCGGGGGUCAGGCCACCAACAAAACCAGCAACUGUGUGGUGCUCAAGCACAUCCCCACUGGGAUAGUAGUGAAGUGCCAUCAAACCAGAUCUGUGGAGAUAAAUCGAAAGCGUGCCCGAGAAAUUAUGAGAGAGAAACUUGAUGUUGCAGAUAAAGGAGAACUCAGCGAAGUUCUUUUAAAGAAGAAGGAGUCUGUGCUGAGGAAACAAGAUAAGAAGAAGAAAGCACACGAGAAUCUGGAGAGAAAGAAACAGUAUAAAGAAGCACUGGUCGCAGACUCCAAACAUGGGAAUGACACCGUUUAA